CGUAGUUGACUUACCAACCUGACGGUAACGUAGAGCGCAACCCACUAUCACUUGCUGUUGACGAUUGCGGAAAACAACCGAUUUCUGCAGCAUCCCGGAAGUCCCGGAGCAGCUGACGCAUUUUUUGUGCAACACAACCAACUGACUAUCAAUAAUCAUUAAAAAUGACUGUAAACAAAACAGCUAAGGAAAUUCGGCAAGCUUACAUUGACUUUUUCAAGUCAAAAGACCAUGAAUAUGUACAUUCUAGCUCAACAGUUCCUCAUGAUGAUCCUACAUUGCUAUUCACCAAUGCUGGCAUGAACCAGUUCAAACCUAUUUUCUUGGGAACAGUUGACCCAAACAGUGAUAUGGCCAAAUGGGUAAGGGUAGUUAAUUCACAGAAAUGCAUUCGAGCUGGAGGAAAACAUAAUGAUCUGGAUGAUGUAGGCAAAGAUGUUUAUCAUCAUACGUUUUUUGAGAUGAUGGGAAACUGGUCUUUUUGAGAUUAUUUCAAGAAACAAAUAUGUAUAUGGGCUUGGGAAUUUUUGACUGAUAUCCCAAAAUUGCCGUAGAAUCAGCUUUAUGUCACCUAUUUUGGUAGGAAUAAGAAAGCUAAUUUAAAACCAGAUGAUGAGUGUAAAGAUCUUUGGUUAUCCCUUAGUAUACCUGAUAGUAACGUGCUACCGAGUUACGUGAAGGAUAACUUUUGGAAGAUGGGUGAAACUGGUCCAUGUGGUCCUUGCAGCGAAUUGCAUUUUGACAGAAUUGGAGGUAGGGAUGCUGCUCACUUGGUCAACAUGGAUGAUCCAGAUGUCUUGGAAAUUUGGAACUUGGUUUUUAUACAAUUUAAUAGAGAAAGAAGCGGAGAACUGCACCCACUUCCUAAAAAGCAUAUCGACUGUGGUUUAGGUUUAGAACGUCUCGUGUCUGUGAUACAAAACAAACGCUCAAACUAUGACACCGAUUUAUUUUUGCCACUUUUCGAGGCAAUUCAUAAAGGCACCAAUGCUCCCGUCUAUCAGGGUAGGGUGGGAAGUGACGACAAAGAUGGUAUCGACAUGGCAUAUCGAGUACUUGCCGAUCACGCGAGAACUAUUACUAUUGCUCUAGCUGAUGGUGGAGUUCCUGAUAAUACUGGUAGAGGAUACGUUGUAAGAAGAAUUUUGAGACGUGCUGUGAGAUACGCGACCGAAAAACUGAACGCUAAGCCUGGAUUUUUUGCCACUCUCGUUAAUGUAGUCGUAGAACUUCUUGGCGAUAUUUUCCCGGAAGUCAAAAGGGAUCCGCAGUCUAUUAUUGACGUGAUAAAUGAAGAAGAAACUCAAUUUUUGAAAACAUUAACCAGAGGUCGCAAUUUACUAAAUAGAACCAUCGCAAAACUGGAAUCGACACAAAUUGUACCAGGUGACGUUGCGUGGCGCUUGUAUGACACUUACGGAUUCCCCGUUGACUUGACUCAACUUAUGGCUGAAGAAAAAGGACUCACGAUAGAUGUAGUUGGCUACGAAGAAGCUAAGAAGCAAGCUAUUAUCGCUUCACAAGGCAAGGCUGGUGGCGUGAAUGAUCAGAUAAAUUUAGAUGUGCAUGCUAUCACGGAAUUGCAGAAUAGAGGCAUUAAAACUACUGAUGAUUCUUACAAAUACAAUUAUAAAAGCGAGUCAUCCGAAAAGUACGCAGAGUACAGUUUUUCUCCGUGCAUUGGUACCGUCGUUGCUUUACGCAAGGACAAGAAGUUCGUCGACGAAGUCAAGUCUGGCGAUGAAGUUGGUGUACUACUGGAUCAAACUAACUUCUAUGCUGAACAGGGAGGUCAGAUCUACGAUGAAGGGUUUUUAGUAAAAAUCGAUGACGAGAGCACCGAAGUCUGCGUUAAAAAUGUACAAGUCAGAGGUGGAUAUGUUUUACACAUUGGUACUGUUGGCGAAGGUACGUUGAGGAAAGGCGACAAAUUGUACUUAAACGUUGAUAACUCGAGGAGAAGACUAGUCAUGAGUAAUCACACUGCUACUCAUGCUCUAAACCACGCUCUGAGAUGCGUUUUGGGCACUGAAGCAGAUCAAAAGGGAUCAUUAGUCGCUCCAGAUCGGCUAAGGUUUGAUUUUACUAACAAAGGUGCUAUGACCACAGAACAAGUAAAAAAGACUGAGCAGUACACAAAUGCGAUCGUAAUCGCUGAUAAGGUGGUGUACGCAAAAGAAAGUCCUUUAGCUGUUGCGCGUAACAUUCAAGGGUUGCGCGCGAUGUUUGGUGAAACGUAUCCGGACCCAGUUCGCGUAGUCAGCAUAGGUGUGCCCGUAGAAGACUUGGAAAAAGACCCGCUCAGUGAAGCUGGUACGAAGACGAGCGUUGAAUUCUGCGGUGGAACUCAUUUACAUCGCACUGGCCAUAUUGGAGAUUUUGUUAUUGCCAGCGAAGAAGCUAUAGCCAAGGGUAUAAGGCGCAUCGUGGCCCUUACCGGUCCUGAGGCUUCCAAGGCUUUGAAAAAGUCUGAGCUCUUGCAAAAUCACUUGAAUAAUUUGAAAUCUGAUGUCGACAACGUGAAAGAUUCCACAGCCUCCAAGGCCAUUGUGAAGAAGAUCGUUGAACUGACUGAUGAUGUAUCACAUGCUGUGAUUCCCUAUUGGAAAAAAGAAGAUAUGCGAAAUGAGUUGAAAGCUUUGAAGAAAGCUUUGGAUGAUAAAGAGCGAGCUGCAAAGGCCGCGGUAGCGAAUAACGUUGUUGAAUUUGCCAAGGAUCUAAUCGAAGCUCAAAAGGGAAUAGCAGUUUUAGUUGAAAAACUGAAUGCUUACAACAACACAAAAGCUUUGGAUAUGGCUUUAAAAAAAGUGAAGGCAAUAUCACCCGAAACCAGUGCUCUGUUUAUAACAGUUGAUGAAGAUGACAAUAAAAUAUUUGCCCUCAGUGCUGUACCCAAGUCUGCAAUAACAAAAGGAUUGAAAGCUAAUGAAUGGAUUCAAGCGAUAGCUGGAUUAAUGCAAGGGAGGGGUGGUGGAAAACCGGAAUCUGCUCAAGCUUCUGGUUCUAAUAUCUCGUGCCUGAACGAAGCCUUGGAAACUGCUAAGUCAUACGCACUUGAAAAAUUAGAAGGAGUAAAAAGUAGUAAAGAUUCAAUCUGUACCAAAUCUUCAAAAGAAUUAGUAUUUCACUGCAAUGAAGGAAGUGUGAAAAGUCACUUGGUACAAAUCGUAUGCCGAUAUGCUGGAAAGUGCCUCAAAUUAAAUAAUCAUACAAAAGAUAGUGAAAUGAAAGGCUCCGUAUAUUUCAACGAUGGAAAAGUAGAGUUAAUUGAUGGAAACGCCAUUGCUUUUUAUCUUGCGAAUGCUCAAUUUAAAGGCAAUAACGUAUUAGAGAAAAGUCAAGUUUUACAAUGGAUGAGUUUCUCAGAUAAUCACAUUUUACCUUCAGUUUACGGAUGGGUUUUACCAUCUCUAAAAAAUUCUUCGAUCAAGACUUCUAAGGAUUCUAUAAAGAAUUCCAAGGAUACCUUGUUGCAAAUAAUGGAAUCCUUGAAUGAAGUAUUGUCCGGUAAUACUUACUUGGUAAGCGGAAAAAUGACUUUGGCUGACGUGUCGGUAUUUGUCUCUUUAUCACCAGCCUAUCAACACGUUUUUAAUUCAGAAGUACGAAAGAAUUAUCGAAAUGUUAACAAAUGGUUUGAAACUGUAUUACAACAGUCGAAUGUUAAAUGUCUCAUGAGCAACUUCAAAUAUUGCGAGAAACAAUAAUUUUCACAAUCGUUUUGUAAAUUUUAGAGUUUUUUUUAUUAAAUAAAA